UGGAGCUGUUGAGAGUUACUUUCGGAUAAUCAAAACGGGACUUGAUUUUAAAAGAAUUAUCAAAUUAAUUUUUUUUUUUUGUGCUUCUUUUUAAAUUUUAUAUAAAACAUAAUAUAGUGUAAAUAAGUUUAUAUAUGUAUGUAACUAUAUUAAUAUACAGAUAGAUAAUAUUUAUAUAUAAGCAUAUUUAUACAUGGGUGGUACAUUUCCCUGUGGAAGAAAUUUAUAUGUAAAAUAAUAUAUAUAGUUUGAAUUAUUAAAACAAGAAAGCAAUUAUUUGGUGUGCGGACGUUUUUAUAUAACGUCCAUAAAACACACAAUGUUUAGCUUACGAAUAUCAGUAUAUGGCAUUUCAAUAUGCGUUUUAGUUUUUCUGCUUGCAGUUUUUACAGAAAUUAACUUAACGUAUGCACAGAAUAGACGACGUCCACCUCCACAGCGGCCUCUUGCUAGAACGUAUCCUAGAGUGCAUCCCUGUGAGCAUAGUUCAUGUUAUCCAGCUACUGGAAAUUUAUUAAUUGGUAGGGAAAAUCGCUUGUAUGCCUCAUCAACGUGUGGUCUGCGAGGAGCUGAAAGAUUCUGUAUUGUGUCACAUUUGGAAGAAAAAAAAUGUUUUCUGUGUGAUACACGUGAAGAAACUAAAGAUAAUCCAUUAAGAAAUCAUCGUAUUGGCAAUAUUAUUUACGCAACGAAAGCAGGAACUCUGAACAAUACAUGGUGGCAAUCAGAAAAUGGAAAAGAAAAUGUCACAAUCCAAUUGGAUCUUGAAGCUGAAUUUCACUUUACGCAUGUUAUUAUCGUUUUUGCCACUUUUCGUCCAGCAGCAAUGUUAAUAGAACGUUCAUACGAUUUUGGAAAAACAUGGCAUGUCUAUCGUUAUUUUGCACAUAAUUGUGAAACGUCGUUUCCAGGAGUACCAACAGUUUUAAGAAACAUUACAGAUGUAAUAUGUGAGGAACGUUAUUCCAACGUCGAACCAUCAAGAGACGGUGAAGUAAUUUUCCGAGUAUUACCACCUAAUGUAAAAGUAGAAAAUCCAUAUGCUUUACACGUACAAAAUAUGCUUAAAAUGACAAAUUUCCGUAUUAAUUUCACAAAAUUACAUAAUCUUGGUGAUACUUUAUUAGACGAUCGUCAAGAAAUACAAGAAAAAUAUUAUUAUGCCAUUAGAAAUAUGGUGGUUCGUGGAUCAUGUUCUUGUUAUGGACAUGCAUCUCGGUGUCUACCCCUAGAUGGUAGUACAAGUGAUGUUUAUGAUAUGGUACAUGGUCGAUGUGAAUGUACACAUAACACUACAGGAUUAAAUUGUGAACAAUGCAAAGAUUUUUAUAAUGAUUUACCAUGGAAGCCAGCUUUAGGAAAACAGAAAAAUGCUUGUAAACAAUGUAAUUGUAAUAACCAUGCGACCAGUUGUCAUUUUGAUGAAGCAGUAUAUGAACACUCCGGUCGAGUUAGUGGAGGUGUAUGUGACAACUGCCAACAUAAUACCCAGGGCCAACAUUGUGAAGAAUGUAUUCCAUUCUUUUACAAAGAUCCAAAUGUACCACUAACCAGUGAGCACGUGUGUAAGCAAUGCAACUGCAAUCCAGAUGGUUCAAAAGAUGAAGGAAUUUGUGAUUCGACUAGUGAUCCUGAAAAUGGUAUAGAGGCCGGAGCGUGUCACUGUAAGGAAAACGUGAAAGGACGUCGUUGCGACAUCUGUAAGGAGGGUACUUGGAAUCUUAAUGCUGAUAACAUAUUGGGUUGCCAAAACUGCACAUGCAACACCGAUGGUACUGUCGAUAAUACUGGCUGCAAUAUGUAUACGGGUGAAUGUACUUGCAAACGUUUUGUUACCGGAAGGGAUUGCAACCAAUGUUUAUUGGAAACAUACGGAUUAUCUGCACAAAAUACUGAUGGAUGUAAACCGUGCAACUGCGAUCCAGGUGGCUCUUAUGACAAUUAUUGUGAUGUUAUAUCGGGUCAAUGUCGUUGCAGACCACAUAUGACGGGAUUAACUUGUGAUACACCCAUACAGUUACAUUAUGUUCCAUCACUACAUGUUGUUUAUGAUGCAGAAAUUAAGGAAAUAACUGAAUGUAUUUCUUAUUCGCCUUAUGGUAACUGUACCUUAGUGCCUUACCAAAAGCCUGAUGACAGAGAACCAGAGUGGACAGGACCUGGUUAUCAAAGAUUGCCUGAAAAAAGUGAAUUGGAAAUAACUGCUGAUAACAUCCCAAGAACAAUGACAUACGAUGUAGUCGUUCGAUAUAUGACAACUUCAAGAAACGAUUGGGAAGAUGCUAAAAUUACCAUUGUAAGACCUGACGAAUAUGAUCCAAAUAACGAAUGUGCCAACUCCCACCCAUCAUUAGAACAAGACGUACCAUUUUAUCUUCCUGAAGAUCAAAGAUAUGUUGUAUCACUUAAAGAUAUUUGUUUAGAAAAAGGAAAAGUUUACAAAUUUAGACUUUAUUUUGAACGACAGCGCCGUGGAGAAGAUAAUCCAGCUGCGCAAAUUAUGAUUGAUUCACUCACACUCGUCCCUCGUAUUGAAGUAACGCCCGUAUUUCAUGGUGAUGCUCCAGCAGAAAAUAGGAGAAGAGAAUACGACCAUUACAAUUGCAACCAAACUUACUACGACGUUAACUUUGAAGGUCAUAGCUACGAGCAAUGCAAGGAUUUAUUCAACACCGUUAGUACAUACGUUUACGAUGGUGCAACAUCAUGCGAAUGUCACCCAACGGGAUCAAAAAGUAAGCAUUGUGAACUUUUCGGGGGCCAUUGUCCAUGUAAACCAAAUGUGGUUGGAAGAAAAUGUGAUAUGUGCGCGCCAUCCACGUACGGUUUUGGGCCCGAAGGUUGUACAGCUUGCGAUUGCAAUAGCAUUGGAUCUAAAGAUAAUGCAUGUGAUUUAAUAACUGGUCAAUGCAAAUGUCAUCCCAACACAUAUGGCCGAGAGUGUGACCAAUGUCAACCAGGAUUUUGGAAUUUCCCUAAUUGUCAAAUGUGCCAAUGUAAUGGACAUGCCCAACUGUGUGAUUCUAAAACAGGACAAUGCUUGAAUUGCAUGGACUUCACAACAGGCUAUAACUGUGAGCUUUGUCUCAAAGGUUAUUAUGGGAAUCCACUGCUUGGAAACGAAAUUGGUUGUCGGCCAUGUAGAUGUCCAGAUACUGUUAUGUCUGGUCACUCUCAUGCUGAAAUAUGUGAAUUAGAUCGGAGAAACAAUGAUAUGAUAUGUCACUGCAAGCAAGGAUAUUCUGGGGCACGAUGUGAUGUUUGUGAUGAUAACUAUUUUGGUAAUCCAGAAACACCUGGAGGUUCAUGUGAAGAAUGUAACUGCAACAACAACGUCAAUCCUAGCGACACUGGAAAUUGUGAUGGCAAAACUGGUAAAUGUUUGAAAUGUUUAUAUGAUACUACUGGAGAUAAUUGCGAACAUUGCCGCGAUGGAUAUUAUGGAGAUGCUUUGUUGCAAAACUGUCGAAUUUGUGAAUGUAAUAUUUUGGGAACAAAUGGAACAAUCCAACACUGCGACCGAGUUACUGGUCAAUGCCCUUGUUUAAUGAAUGUUCGUGGAAUUCGUUGCGAUGAAUGUAUUCCCAACCACUGGAAAAUAGCAAGUGGUGAAGGCUGUGAACCUUGUGAUUGUGAUCCUAUAGGUUCAGAAUCCGAACAAUGCCAUCCAUAUGAAGGUCAAUGUCAAUGUAAACCUGGUUUUGGUGGUAGAAAAUGUGAUCAAUGUCAAGCCUUUUAUUGGGGUGAUCCAAAUAUUAAAUGCCAUGAAUGUAACUGCGAUGUAUAUGGCUCUGCAAAUGCACAAUGUAAUCGUGAAACAGGAGAAUGUGUUUGUCAUCCAGGAAUAGGAGGAUAUAAAUGCGACGUCUGUGCACGCGGCUACUUAGGAGAAGCACCGUAUUGUAAACCUUGUGGAGAAUGUUUUGACAAUUGGGAUGACAUCCUAAGAUCAUUGGAAGAUGAAACAAAAACAACAAUAGAAAGGGCUAAACAAAUAAAAACAAUUGGUGCAACAGGCGCUUAUUCUGCUGAUUUUACUUCAAUGGACAAUAAACUGAAAACUGUUCAACAACUUCUCGACAAUACAACUGUCAGUCUAACAGACAUUGAGAAAUUAGAUAACAGAAUAACUACACUUCGAGAUCGAUUACAAAAGUCAAAGGAAGAACUCCAGGAAAGUGAACAAAAUUUAAGCCGUGUUUAUGUUGAAUUGCCACAACAAAUUGAAUUAAAAUUGGAAAAAUUACGUAAUCAAAGAGAAGAAAUCAAAGCAAAAUCGAGUGAGCUCAAAGAAAAUGGUAUUCAAUUACAGGAAACUAAUAUUGAAGGCGCACUUAAUUUAACACAAAAUGCGAUGCGUAGAGUAACAGAAUUAGGCCCAAUACGAGUUCAAGCGCAAGAAGAAAGUGAAAAUGCUGAGCGCCAAUGUAAACGUACAGAGACUUGGGUCAAUCGCAACAAAGAUGAGUUUGAAGCAAUGUUACAAAAAAAUAAUGAUGCCAUUGAUGAAUAUCAAGUUCAGUUGGUUGGACUUAAUGAAGCCAUUCCAGAUUUAAAUAGUAAUGUGUGUGAUAAACGCGGCAACCCUUGUGAUUCUGUUUGUGGUGGAGCAGGUUGUAAUCAGUGUGGUGGAAUAUCGUGUGAAAAUGGUGCCCUAACUCGCGCAGAUAAAGCUUUAAAAAUUGCUAAAGAUGUUGAGCAGAACAUAAUGAAAAAAAAAGAGGAUGCCGAAAUCAUAAUUCGUUCUCUAGCGCAAGCUAAACAAAAUGCAUCCGAAGCUUAUAUAAAAGCCAGUGAAGCUUUUGAAGAAGCUGAACGUUAUUUAAAUCGAACAAAUAAAAUGAUAGCUACUGGAGAUGAAUUAGUCAACGAUUUAAAUAACAUUAUAAAUAAUCAAACAGCAUCACCGGAAUCAAUUGAAGAAUUAGCGGAAAAAACAAUUAAUCUUGAUUUACAACUAGAACCUGAAGAAAUUAGUAAAUUAGGGAAAAAAAUUAAUGAAGCUGUAGCAUCUUUAAAAGAUGUUGAAACAAUAAUCGAAAAUACUCGUCAUGAUUUAUAUAAAGUUGAACGUUUAAAAGAGAAAGCCAAUAAUACAAAGACCAAAGCAGAUGAAAUUUUGAAUACAGCAAAUUCAGUUGUUAAAGCACUUGAAGAUGCAGAUACAGCGCAAGAAAAAGCUCAGGCUGCCAUAAAAAAGGCGAAUAGCGAUAUUCUUUCAGCUAAAGAAGAUUUGGAAAAGAUCGAUAGCGAAACGAAUGCUGCUCAUGAACCUGCUCGAAUAACCGCAGAAAAAGUGGAGAGCCUUGCAGACUUAGUCGAUCGAUUAAGAAAACGUGCCACUGAAAAUGAAAUUCUUGCAUUGGAGAUUAAAAGACAAGCUGAUAAAGUAAAACAAUUAGCGACUGAUGCACAUGAAUCCGCAUCUCAAUUAAAAAACAAAUUUCAAUCAGCAAGCUCUUCUCUAUCGGAAAGAGCUAAUUCCUCAGAAGUGGCCCGAGAACGAGCGCAAAAUUUACUCCAGCGUGCGUCAAAAUUGACUGUUGAUACAAAUGAAAAAAUCAAAGAAUUAGAAGGAAUGAACAGCACAUAUGUAAAUAAGGAGAAACAAUUACAAUUACUCAAAGAGGCAAUUCAGAUUCUCAAUGAACAGAUGAAAGGAUAUUUUGAAACUGUUAGUAGAAGAGCUGAAAAAUAUCGAACAUGUACUGCUUAGUUGUCUUCUUUAGUUUAACUAUUAUAGUUUUGAAUAUAGUAUAUAAAAAUUAUUUUAAUAUUAAAAUAACAUUAAAUUUAAGAAAACGCUCUAAUCUACAUUAUUAAAAUAACAAUAUUUGUUCAUUUUUUAAUUAUAUUAUUAAUGAUGUUGUAAUAUUAUUCCAGUGCCAAAUCUGUUGUAUUUAUACAAUUAAUUAAUUUUUUAUGUGUUUUCCUAUUGAAUAUAAAUAAUUUUUAUUUGCAACAACUUUUAUAUAUAAAAUUAAGGAUUUUUGUAACGAAAGAAUGCAAUAAAUUUCUACUUUCUCUGAUCAACCUGUAUU